UUUUGACUGUUGUCACCUUAGCUAGCUAAGUUGGCUAACUAGCUAACUACUCUAAGGAUUUUAGUUUUAGGUGCGCCUUACGAUGUAAACGUAAUGUAUGAUUUAAAUCUGCAUAUUAUGGGCAAACUGCAUGUGUAUGCAGCGCCGAUGACUGCACUGAGGAAUGGAUGAUUACAAAAUAAUCAAGAAAAUCGGAGAAGGGACGUUUUCCGAGGUGGUGAAAACUCAAAGCUUGAAAGAUGGGAAAUACUAUGCAUGUAAAACGAUGAAGCAGCCAAUAGACAGCUUGGAGCAGGCGAACAACAUGCGGGAGGUGCAGGCUAUGAAGAGGCUCAGCCCCCAUCCCAAUAUCAUUCAGUUGCACGAAAUUGUUUUCGAUGAAGAAACAGGAUCUCUGUCUUUGAUAUGUGAACUGAUGGAAAUGAACAUCUAUGAGUUAAUACGUGGGAGACAGUAUCCUUUACCAGAGAGUAAAGUCAAGCACUACAUGUACCAGCUGUGCAAGUCACUGGAUCACAUGCAUAGCAAUGGGAUCUUCCAUCGAGACGUCAAGCCAGAGAACAUUCUGAUUAGGCAGGACGUCCUGAAGCUGGCGGACUUUGGCUCCUGCAGGAGCAUGUACUCCAAGCCCCCCCACACGGAGUACAUCUCCACCCGCUGGUACCGCGCGCCCGAGUGCCUGCUCACCGACGGGUACUACUCGCACAAGAUGGACAUGUGGAGCGCGGGGUGCGUCUUCUAUGAGAUCAUCAGCCUCAAUCCUCUGUUCCCAGGCUCCAACGAGCUGGAUCAAGUGUCCAAAAUCCACGACAUUCUGGGCACACCGGAACCCAGUCUCCUUCAGAAAUUUAAGCAGUCACGGGCGAUGCGUUUCGACUUCCCUCCCCGGAAGGGCUGUGGCAUCUCCCAGCUGAUCCCGCACUGCUCGGCCGUGAAUCUGUCGCUGCUCUACCAGAUGCUGGAGUACGACCCGGAGCAGCGCAUCGGCGCAAAGUCGGCGCUGCAGCACCCCUGCUUCCGAGAGCUGAGGUUGAUGGAGAAGAGAGUUUCAACUCUGCGGAGGACUGUAGAGGGGUCACAGACAACUGGGACUCCCAACUCUGUGGACCACCUGUGGCGCAUUGCAAGGCAGGGCCGAAGACAGCACGCUAAGCACGUCGCAGAGCCCCUUAUCAGACGCAACGCACCCUUAUAUCCGGGUGAAUUACCGAAGCUGAACAUGGUGCUCCCUCCGGCCAAACUCUCCUCCUACCCAAUCACCUCCCUCCCAGCUCUCACCAUCAGUCAUCACGGAUCCCUCCCCACCAUCCCGCCCAAGAAAUGCCACUCGCAGCUGCCCAAGCCCAGAGAUGAGGCCCAUCGUCAGGGUUUCAAGGGCUACCACAUACCCCCCCUCCAGAGGAAGCGCGGGGGCUACUGAGCACCAGAGGAAGAGCACCGCCCCACACCUCCAGGGGAACUUACUACAAUCACUGUCCCUAGCUGUGCAUUCUGACCAGUAACAUGAAUAAAAACAUUUUACAGCGUGACUAACCCUGGACCCUCCCCCUUAAAAGACUUUCAGAAGCAGUACCGGAGGAGAACAGCACCAGCAGGAGAGCACGCUUAAGUAAGUUUUCAGGGAGAAGUUUGUAGAUGUCGCAUGAACCACACAGGCAGUGAUUUCUAAUAUCAGAUCACAAAACGACCCCAAACCUAAUUAUGCCACCCAUAGGAUAGUCACUGGAACCUUGAACUGGAAUGAGCCUCAAGCAAUUAUGUUAACUUUUAAUCCAGCCAUGAGUCCAGUUGUUUUUAUACAACUAAUGUCUCUUAUUUGGGGUUUAAAAAGCAGGACUGUUUAAUUUAAAAUAAAGUUGUUAACCCAGAAGACCCACUUGGGUGUGGUAGUCUAUACCAGUUUGGCUUUGAUAUGCAAUUCAAACCUUGCAAGAACAAGAGGAACGCUGGGAUAUUUGCUCCUGGCUUUGAACUUUAAAGUGACAUAAUUACCUUUAUGUAUGCGUUUAGAGAGCAACCACAAGUUAUAUGCGGUAUUCACAAAACCAGCAUCCCAGAACACAAUUUCAAAAGUAAUAUGAGAAAAACAAUUUCGAAAGGUCAUUACAAAUAACAUUUCUUGCCGUUUUCAUGUUCUCAAAUAACCAGUGUAUUCUGUUGCCUUUUAUACAGCUAUAGUCCUGCAGUGACGUUAACACAUUUAACUCCUAGCUGGUACUCUUCCAAGGGUGUCAUUUCCCUUCAUGUUCCAGCCUGACCUUUCAAGUUAGCAUCACAGCAAAAUAUUUAUUUUAUUUUUGUGGACAGGCAUAUAUAUCUGCUGUUUAUGAAUUCAGUGAUCAAGUACAGAGAUUCACUGCAAGAUUGAGCUUCCUCGAGCUUAUGAAUGAACUGCAUUAAAACAGUUUCUUCCCUGCUGUUGUAUGGACAUCCGAGAAACACACAAAUAUUAAAAGAUGCAGUUGUCAAAACUGUCAAGGCACAGUGUCACUGUCAACAGAAAACUGUUGUCAAUUUCAACCUUGACCCAUAGUGAGUGCUUUGUUCAUGCUGAACCUAUUGGUCGCUUGCAGCCAUUUUGGAAUAACAAAACAAGUGCAAUCCUUUAAUGAAUCAGCCCCUAGGUUUGAAAGGCACAAGAGAAAAGGGUACUUGGGCAAUUUGUAUACCUGCAGUAUAACCUGGUAGAAGUAGGCUAGUUCAAUAGAUUUUAUGGCUAGUUUACACUAUACUGAACACCAGAGGAAACAGCUUGCAGGGGCGUUAAGGGACCGACGCACACCAGAGACCUAUUUGUACACUAUGUCCUAAAGCCAACUGAACACUAAGGCUUUUCCCGGGUGACAAAAGGAUAAGAAGUUCUAACAAGAGAAGAAGAACAAAAAGAGAGUUAAGAUUCCCCUCACUGAAAGUACUACUCUUAUUUUGACAACCGUCCUGACAGAGCUUUGAAGAACCGUCUCUCGUAGCUCAAACAACCAGAGAGGAGGCUGUUCGGCUUCAUUUGGGAUUUACAGGAAGGGAAGAGACGCUGGAUUCUCGGGGAUCAGGGGGAGGUUGUCACGCUCCACUGGGGGAAAAACUGGCGCGUGGAAGGGAAGGCAAUAAGCUCCUGGACGGUUUGACUCAGGAAAUGGAGGGCAACACAGCUGCCGUCUUCAAACCUUAAGAGGAUCCAAUUUGAGAAUAAUGGCAGCAUGUCAUUUUAAUGCGCUCCAGUGCUUUUUGCAGAGGGAAUGUGUUGGAAGUUUCCUCCCUGCUAUGACUAAUACUUUAGCCCAAAGGAACUGUACUGUAACCAUUUGUCAGCAGAAAAAGACUUGGGACUCUGUAAUAUUACCAUGUUUGUGCGUAGCAAAAUAAAAAGAUAAACCUGCACCCACUGCUAACAGACAAACAGCUUCAAACAGCAA